AUGUCGGGCAAAACGGCCGGCGGGGCCAAGGCACCGCCUGUGGCCGUUGGCGAGAUGCCGACGGUGGGCAAGUUCGUGAACAGCGUCGAGGGAAAUGUUGUGUACGAGGUGACGCGCGAGAUCGGGUCCGGCACGUUCGGGAGCGUCUACCAGGUGCAGCGCAAGUCGGACGGCAAGAAGAUGGCGAUGAAGUGCGAGCACGUGUCGGUGAAGAAGCAGGUGCUGCCCCUCGAGUGCCACGUCCUCGACCAGGGCAACGCCAUCAAGAGCCCGCAUUUCUGCAUGAUUUUCGACAAGGGCCAAUGCGAGCGCUUCUGCUUCAUCACGAUGACGCUGCUCGGCCCCAACCUUUGGCACCUCCGCAAGGUCCGCCCCCACCGCACCUUCUCCAUCAACACCGGGCUGAAGGUGGCCGAGCAGGCGCUGCAGGGCAUCCGUGAUUUACAUAGGAUUGGCUACCUGCACCGCGACAUCAAGCCGCUGAACUUCGCCAUCGGGGACGACGCCGACUCGCACACCGUGUUCAUCAUCGAUUUCGGCAUGGGCAGGCAGUUCAAGGGCGCUGGAAAGGAGAUCCGGAAGCCUAGGGCGUCGGCCCCGUUUCGAGGGACAACACGAUACGCGGCUCUAGCCGUCCACCACUCGGAAGAGCAGUCCCGACGCGACGACAUCGAGAGCUGGCUGUACAUGAUGAUCGAGCUGAUCACCGGCUCCUUGCCGUGGAAGCAGUUUCCGGCCACCGAGCGCGCCAAGAUCAUGGCGUCGAAGGAGGACUCGAGGGACAAGCUGCUCCCGCAGCUGCUCGAGGGCUGCCCGUUUGAGGCGUUUUCGCGAAUCCUUGGCUACCUCGACCAGCUCAGCUACAAGGACAUCCCGGAUUAUGACUUUGUGUGGAAGAUGAUCGACGUCGCCGCCAAGCAAAACGGCUGCUCGCCUGCCGAUGCGCUCGACUGGGACCUCGGCGUCCCGUACCGGGGGCCUCGCUAUGUGCCCGAGCGUACGUUCAAC